GAGUUGGAAAAAUUGGCCUCAAGAAAACUUCGUCUGUCAGCCAAGGAGACGAUGCGAAUUGCCGAGCGUCUCUACUCCCAGGGCUAUAUUUCAUAUCCUCGAACAGAAACCAAUCAGUUUCCCCCGGACAUGAGUUUGAUACCAUUGGUCGAGUGUCAAACUGAGGAUUCCAGAUGGAGUGGUACAUGUCUAGUUACUAUAUAUGCAUUUCAAAUAUACAUCUCCGGUUAA